AUGGUAUCAGGAAUGAGGGACUUUGUGGCAAGAUCGUCCAAUCUGGGGUUGUUGUUCUUAAAGCACAGAAGGUUAAGGGGUGCUCUGACAGUGGUGUUCAACAUCAUGAGGGUUUUUGAUAACGGGUUUGCUCAUAAUGUCUUGGAGCUGCAUAGAGAACGCACUGGAUGUUCUCUAGGAUACUUUCCUUGUGGAAACAUGUCAAAAUGUUUGCCUCAGCUUCUUCACUGCAAUAGCGUGGAUGACUGUGGGAAUGAAGCUGAUGAAGAAAAUUGUGAUGACAACAAUGGAUGGUCUGAACUUUUUGAUCUAUAUUAUGGAAGAAUUUCAAAACAUGAAAACGAACUUACCAACUGCAUGCUUGGGAAUUUUUCUGAGAAAUGUCAAUGCAAAGGUCUGGAACUCAAUUGUGAACAUGCUGGACUACAUUCCGUCCCUUUGGUUUCUUCCAAUGUAUUAACAUUGAGACUGCAGAUCAAUAAGCUACGAAAACUUUACGCUGAUGGUUUCAGCAUCUAUCAGGACCUUCAAGAACUAAACCUAAACUACAACGAAAUAACGACAGUUUCUGAACGAGCAUUUAAGGGACUGCAUAACCUAAUUAAACUGUAUUUAAGCAACAAUCACAUAACGUUCCUGCCAUCAGGCGUGUUUGAAGAUCUCCAGCAAGUCCAAUGGCUAAUUCUUGAAAACAAUAGAAUCCAAAAGAUUUCCCCUAAAACCUUCCUGGGACUCAAGUCAGUCAUUCUCCUAGUGCUAGUGAACAAUUCCUUCCAUCAGCUGCCUGGUCAACCUAUCUGUGAAGAGAUGCCCAAAUUAAACUGGCUGGAUUUUGAAGGCAAUCAAAUUGAAUCUGUGAAGAAUGGCACUUUUACAUUUUGCACACAAUUAACUGUACUGGUACUCCGCAGGAAUAAAAUCAGCUCUAUACAUGAAAGUGCUUUUACGCCAUUACAAAGGCUAGGAGAACUGGACUUGUCUUUAAACAGGAUUGAAGAAUUGCCGCAUAAUCUUUUUAAGCAACUCAGAGAACUCCUGCAAUUGAACAUUUCUUUCAAUAUCAUGAAGCAAAUUCAUGCAGAUCAAUUUGAUUACCUGGAGAAACUAAAAUCUCUCAGUAUGGAUGGAAUGGAUCUUCAGGCUCUACGGAACAGGAUAUUUCAGCCCCUUACAAAUCUAUCCCAUAUAUAUUUCAAGAAAUUCCAAUUCUGUGGUUAUGCUCCACAUGUUCGUAGCUGCAAACCCAACACUGAUGGGAUAUCGUCCUUAGAGAACCUACUGGCUAAUGUUCUCCUCCGAGUCUUCGUUUGGGUAGUUUCUGCUAUUACGUGUUUUGGAAACAUCUUUGUCAUAUGCAUGAGAUCUUACAUCAGAUCUGAGAACAAGCUUCACGCCUUGUCUAUAAUGUCACUUUGCUGUGCAGACUGCCUGAUGGGAAUAUAUCUUUUGCUGAUUGGAUCAUAUGACCUUAGAUACCGUGGCGAGUACAACAGGCAUGCUCAGAUGUGGAUGGACAGCAUGCAGUGUCAGAUAACUGGGUCUUUAGCAAUGCUCUCAACAGAAGUGUCUGUAUUACUUUUGUCUUUCCUGACUUUGGAAAAGUAUCUCUGCAUUGUGUAUCCAUUCAGCAACUUGAAGCCAGGAAAAUGCAGGACAGUUUCUAUUUUGAUAUUUAUUUGGUUUGUGGGGUUUGUAAUUGCAUUCACUCCCCUGAUGAACAGCGACUUCUUUAAGAAUUAUUAUGGCAGAAAUGGAGUGUGCUUUCCACUGCUUUCAGAACAGCUGGAGACUGAUGGAGCACAGGCAUAUUCAGCCGUCAUUUUUCUUGGUCUAAACCUUAUCGCUUUCAUAGUGAUAGUAUUUUCCUAUGGAAGUAUGUUCUACAAUAUUCAUCAAACUAGUACAAUGGCAACAGAAAUCAGCAACCACAUUAAAAAGGAAGUGACCAUUGCCAAACGCUUCUUUUUCAUCGUCUUCACAGACGCUCUUUGUUGGAUACCUAUUUUCAUAUUAAAAAUUCUAUCUGUACGUCAAGUAGAAAUACCGGGUACCAUAAGUUCAUGGGUGGUCGUAUUCAUAUUGCCUAUUAAUAGUGCAUUAAACCCUAUACUCUACACUCUAACAACGCGACCUUUUAAGGAAAUGAUACUACAGUAUUGGUACAACUAUAAAAAUAGAGGAUUCAUCAAUAAACAAAGCCAGAAAAACUAUGCUCCAUCAUUCAUCCUCUUGGAAAUGUGGCCAUUGCAAGAGACCAUACCAACAGUAGGAAAAAGUGAACUUUUACAACAUCCUUCAGAAGUUUCACUGACUCGUGAAUCACCUUGA